CGCUUCACUACCGGAUGUAUCGGUUAUCCAGCAGACGAAGAACAGAAAGGAAAAAGAGUAGAAGGGAUAAAGUGUGGAGUAAAGAGUAGAAGAGGGGGAUAGAUUAGAUAAAGAGCCGUCUAUCCUAUAUAUAUUAACUGUCUAGUUUUUGUGAGACGACUCUUAUGCCUAAUAAUGCCUUAACCUAACACUCAUUGUGAAGCAUCACCAAUUCUGGACCGGAAGUGAGGUACUGUGCCGCCGUCAGCCCCAUCAGCCCCGCCUAAGUUUAAGAAUUUGGUUUAUGUAUAAAAUUUGGAAGUCCUUCUAAAUAUCUUAAUAAAGAGACCCUACCUUUAAAAUUUGAAUAAAUUUUUCCUAUCCUCUGAGUCGGCGUGUACGCGCCUGCUCUUUUUCGAAAAACCCAGAGGGAUUUUUUCCGUGCGAAAUUGGACAGUUCUCACACGGGCCACCAUUUAUAGUCCCAUCCGACGGACUGGUUGUUAGUGAUUAGUGUCAUGCAUGUGCUGAGUUGUUAUUGUUUUUUUUGGUGUCCGUUCCUUGAAUUCCUUUCUUCAUCAUUCUUCACUGAUUAUAUACUUGACUGAACUUAUACCAAUGUCAUCUUUCUUAGAUACCUCGACUUGUCUUUCACUUAAUUCUGCUCCUCGUUCCGACAUUUCUAGUUUUUAGUGUAUAGUGUGAUUAUUAGUAUGGGAAAAGAUGAAACACGUGGGGAGGGGAGGGGGGAGAUUUAGUGCUAGGAUUUGGAUAUAGAAUGGAUGGGAGUUGGGGGGGUGAGGGGGGUUGUAGGUUUGAAAGAGGUGCUGGGUGUUAGAAAUGUGCUGAUUGAUGUAUGGGUUUAUUCAGAUGUUAGUUGUAUGGACCGGGUUAGUGUUGGGGACGAUUUGUGGGAGGGGGAUGGAUAGGUAGUUGGAGGAUACUUGGUUGUUGUUGUAUUUACUUUUAUGUGUAUAAGAUCAUGUUGCCAUAUGUUUUAUCUUAUUAUAGAUUGUAAUUGCUUGGAUAGGGUGUUAUAUUACUCUUAUUGGCUGUGUCAGAUAAGCCGAUAUUGAUUUUUAGUUCAUUAUUCGCUUAUCCCGUUAUUCCUACCUAACUAAUAGGUCCAUAUAGCACUGUUGGCCUCCCUCCUUUACCCGCGCUAACCUUGUGGGGUUUUACGCCGAAUGAGCGAGAGGACCUAUUUUAUGGGUCGUUUUAUACAGUUUAUAAUGGUAAUAUAUUUCUAUCCUGUUUUAUAUCCACCGUUUAAGCUUUGUACAGUCUAGGAGCGGUAAACUGCUUCAGAAUGUACAUCGCUCCUCGGUGGUAUAUAUAUGUGUAUUCAUGUAUAUGUGUUCAUGUAUACAUAUAUAUAUAUUUGGUUAUACUCGGUUAGCCAUAGGAUUGCUGUGGGGUGGCUGACUCGUCCCUUCUUUUACAAACAAACGGAACAACCCGCACGUGGCCAGAACACAUACGUUGCAGCUUCCCAGUUAUAGUCCCGCUCACCUGUAUUUAUACCCUCUGUAACCCACGUGAUCGGAUCCAUCUGUAUCUCCAUCACGUUUUACGUGGAUGUAAUUGUAGCAAGACUCGUUCCGCCUGAAUCUACUUUCGCUUUCCAUUACACCAGUGCACUGCAUAUAACAAAUGAAGAAGGGGAAUCCCACCUGGAUAUUUAAAUAGUGCAGUUGUCAUUUCCGUUUGAGUAUAUUUAUAUAGCAACUACAGUCAACAGACUAGCGAUUGUGUAUGUACAGAAAUAGGAAACGCUUAUCGUCUGUGUUUGGGAUGCAGGGACUGUACAACAGAAAAUUCAAGUUGUCGUUCUGAUACCGCUAACGGGACCAAACAUGAACUGGUGUCUAUACUACCGUGUGUGGAAAGUGAAUUAUUCAGCAGAUAAAUAUUUACUCAGUAUCGUGUUUAUUUCUACACGUGUGAACAAAACAAUGAAACGGCAUCAUCGUAGACGUUCUGAGGUGACUAUAACACACUGCAUACAUAUUGAUAGACAAAACAAUAACCCUGGAAUAAACUUGUCUCAAACAUCUCUUGAUAUUACCCAUCACAUCAUGGACCGAACAUAGUUGAGCAAAUGCUGGAUUUGUGACUUUUCACCGAGAUGGCCGAUCAGGCUGAGCAGGACGAGAAGUCUUGGAUUCUACAUCACAUCAUGAACAGUCUGAUAGGGAGCCCGGAGAUGGUUUCCGUCAGGAGGAAGCUGAGACUUCUGACUGAGCGAAUAGACAAUGGCAAGCCAGCUGGAACUAAACGGUUUUACACGGGAAGUGUGGCCGAAGGAAUGAAGAUGUCAGAGUCGGACUUCGAUCUGAUGUUUAUUGACGAUAAUGUGAUGGUUACGUGUCCUAUUCAGGACCCUAGUAUUCCACCAGACAGCACAGAUAAAACCGUUUGUAAGAUGAUAAAUGCUCACCGCCGACCUGGCUAUGUGACCCUGCAAAUAGUUAAACUUGAUCGGAGAUGCAAUACACUAAUCAUAGACGCCAUUGUUCCAGUUGGGAAUAAACUUUUUAUUUCAAGUGAAAUGUGCAGGAAGAAUAUUGCUGAUGCAGUUGGUUCCUCGACACACAUGAUGAUGGAAACACAUGGCCCCGCCGUUAAUCUGAAGAAUGCACAAAGCAAGUUUAGAGUUGAUGUUGAUUAUGUGCUUUCCUUUCCGUGUACUAGAUGGCCAAAAGAGGCCAAUGAGUGGGUGAAACGGCCUCGCCUGCAUGGAUGGCCAGAUAAAGUUUUGAUAGAUCAGAUAGUACAAGACGGUUGUCAUCUUGUCCCUGUAGGAGACAAGACGUCUGAUGACACAUUCCUACCGUGGCGCAUUUCAUUUGCAACUGCAGAACGGAAACUAAUCCAUUCCCUCACUCAUACACAAUUUCUAAUAUAUGGACUUCUCAAGUAUUUCCUCAAACAUACACUAUCAGACAGUUUAAAACAGAUAAUGGGGGAUGAAGAAAUCAUAUCAUCGUAUAUCAUUAAAACAGUUGUAUUCCAUGCAGUGGAAAACACACCAUGUUCAGUAUGGCAAGAGAAAAAUACAUUGUUCUGUUUCGCGUUUUGCUUAAAGAUUCUGAUCGCCUGGGUGAAUGCAGGACAUUGUCCAAAUUACAUUAUAAAUAGCAACAAUAUGUUCCAUGGCAAAGUUCAUGGUGAAAAUCAGCAAAAACUUCUUUGUGUCCUCGUUGAGCUUCAUAAUAUGAAAUUAGAAUGCCUAUCCCAAGCAAAAUAUAUAGAGCCGUCUAUAGGAAAAAUGAUCGAGAAUGAGAGAAAUGGGGCACAGGAAUAUGUUCGAUAUACACCGACAAAGACGGAAAUGGAUUGUGACAUGCAGAUAUUCGCUGCUACAUUUGGAAUAAUCGCGGGAUCCGAUUCACUUCCUGUGUCACUGACACUCCUGUUUAAAUCAAACCUAGACAUUGAUGUCAUCAUAGCUUACAUCGCUACAGCACGUGGACUGACUUCCACGGGGAUCGAAACUUUCAAUAAACCCAUACCUGCUAAAGGAAAUAAAGAGAAGUACAAAAAUCUUAGAAAAUCCAAAAUCCUUAUGACACCACUUUCCUCGGUGUGUACAAGUCCAGGGCAACUGACGCUGGCAACAUAUCACUACCAGACUGGAAACUACACGAAAACGCUUGAGUUGUGUGGACAAAUGAUGUCUCCAUUAAAAAUAUAUUUUGGUGAAUACUCAGGUUCGAAAAAGUACAUGUGGUAUGAGCAUCGCUACUGUGGUCGUGGAUACACCCUACUACACAAAUGUCAGGAGGUGUGUGCAUCCUCUAUCAGGUUUUCACAAAAGACUAUACAAUUUUGGCCAUCCCAGUUGCACCCAGAGUUGGCCAAAAUAAAUCCAAGGUGCGUAUUUUCGAUUCCUCCUCUUCCUUAUGCUGUGUUCCUGACAUUUCUGUGUUAUCAUGAGCUUGGCGACAUCAGAAGACGUGACGCAGCAUUGUGUCACCUUAGAGCCGUGAAGUAUGACGAAGAACAGGGAGGUAGUCAGCACUGGAUAGUACACAAUCUCGUGGGGAUAUGUUAUGAAAUGGUUGGGGACACACGUAGGGCUAUCAGAGAAUACAGGGACUCUCUUGGUGGUCAGCAACCUUAUCAAUAUCGUAACCCUGCAAUGGAGAGGAUAGAAAGGCUGGAACAUUUAGAAGAAAGACAAACAUAGGUGUUCAUGAGAGCCUCUACCAGAACAACCUUAAUAAUAAUAUACAACAUGUAUAUAGCGCCCUAUAUAAUUUGUAAAAUUACUCUAAAGCGCUUUACAGC